AUGGGAAGUAGCAAACAAAAGUCAAGUCUUUAUCACUUACUUCAAAAAAAAAAAUUAUCAAGCUCUUUUACCUUACCAGCAAAUAUUUCUAAAUCAAAUAUAUUAAAUGAAACAAACUCUGUAUCUGAGUUAAUUACAUCAAAUGAAACAAGCUUUGGAGCCAAAUACAAAUUUUGUCUAACUGAAUGGGGAAGAGAUAAACCGGCAAGACUUGAAGCACAUCUUGCACUAGAGUGUUCUAAAGUAGAAGAUCAUGUCUGGCAAAUCUAUUUGCUUUGUGUAGCUCAUCAUGAUGGUGUUACAGAAAAAACACAAUCUGAAAUUUUAUUAGCUAAUACUAAAAAACAAAGCAAUAAGCAGUCUAGUAUUUCAAAUUAUUUUUCACAAAAAUUAGAUAGUUUAUCAGAAGGGUGUAUAAAUUCUAUAAAUAGCUCAUUAUUAAAGGCCUUUGUAGUAUGUGGUAUUCUAUUCUCUGUUAUAGACAAUCUAUUUUUUAUUGAUUUUCUUCAAAACUUAUGUCCAAAUUAUAAGCCACCAUCAAAUGAAGAUGGUGAAAGAGAUAUAGAUUUUGAUCCAGAAGUAGAUAGUGAAAAUUUGCCUAUUGCACUUAGAAAGGCACGUUGUGAAUUUAUAGAAGCUAGAAUAUAG